AUGGCUGAAACGAAAGGAGAGAAUGAUUCCAACGAAGUUUCGAAUGAAACGGACCAACUUUUUGAUGUUAUGGAUAGUGAAGAAAAGGCAGAUACGUUUGUGAAGGGAUACUGUUUGUAUAAACAUAUGACCAAUAGGUAUGUAAAAAGAGUAAAAUUGACUUGCGUCCCCAUUUAAAUAUGAAGAAUCGCAGUCUCGCAGAGAUAAAACAUUGUCUAUAAUUUCUCACGUGAAACUUUCAUGUUUGCCAAGACUAUUUCAAUGAGGUCAUGAUUAAGAAAUUGAUUUAUUGAUCAUCAAAUGAUCAAUGGGUCAAUUACUUGAUCAUUAAUUAUUGAUUAAUUGAUUAUUAGUCAUCAAUUGCUUGAUUGAUUGAAUAUUAUUAGUCAUCAAUUGCUUGAUUGUUGAUGAUCAUUAGUCGUCAAUUACUUGAUUAAGUAAUGAUCAUUAUAAGAAUAAUCUCUAGAUAUCCUUUAUCAAGGUUAUUUCUUGACUAAGUUAUGUGUAUGUAUAAUUAUGAAUAUGAUUGAUUUGAUUGAUGAUGAUUGGUUGAUUAUUUGAUUGACUGAUCAAUAAUCAAUUUAACUGAUUAUAUAAUAUAAUAAUACAAGUCACUUUGGCUAUAGAACCUCGUUUUCAUGUAUGUAACAUUACUUAAAACCCAACAUCUCGAUCAUGAAAAUGAGACUCUUAUUAUUGGGUUUCAACUAUGUGAUAUUUUAACAUAAUUUGACUCAAGUGGGGUCAAUCGUUGAAACGAGGUCAACAAAAACAAAGAAACAACGCAUCUUAUGUAAAUGAGUUCUCCAAUUAUUAUAAAAACUGUCCGUUCCCCUUGACGCAGACCAUUCACCACCAUGUGACGUCAUAUGAAACCCGAGAAUAACCAAGAUGACUUUCUGGCUAUUUUCUUUCCAGACCACCAACAUCACCUACCCAAGGUGCUGAGAAAACUGUGAUGAAAUUUUUAAAAGAAGAAUCAUCAUUGAAUAAAAACUUUAGGUAUAUAGGCUUACAAUUCACUUGAAUAUUGAUAGCUAGGGCAGGGGCGGAUCUAGCGAUCACGCGACUAAGGUAAAAAUUGGCUAGAAAAAUGGAAAAUUGUUAAAUUAAAAAAGCAGUCCAGUUAUCAAACUUCGCGCAGUGUAAUAUAUUGAAAGUUUAACAGUCCAGUUUUGAAAUAUCAUUCAGUAUCAAGGCCUUCGAACAUGAACGCGCAGAAAAGCGGUCUUACGCAUGAGUUUUGCACGCUCUGAGUCAGAUUCCAGCCAUCUGAUUGGCUAUCUCGAUUUUUGCGCGAUCUGUGGGGAGUUCUGAUCGCUAAAGCGAUCAGGGGCUCGAAUACAGGCUAUCCGAUUGGCUAAUUCAAAACAAUCCUGAAUUCCCAUUGGCUGGAUUUUUUUGAUCGAUCAUACCGUUCAGGCUUCAUUAGUGCACGCGGUGCACGGAAAGGUCUAUGACGUUUCUGGCCCUUUCUGAUCGCUACUUUGCCUUGACCGCAAAUUAUUAAAGAUCUAUGGGAAUAUUUACUAUCAGAAAUUCUGAACUAAUAUCAGCCAUGUCUGUUAGUAUUUACGAAACUGUAAAGGCUGCUUUAGAGAAUAACGAUCGACAAAAUGUCAAAGAUAUUGAAGCUGAUUUAACAAGCGAUAACGGUGUACCGAAGUUUUCUAUUUAAGAUUUAUUGAGCGUUGUGAAUAACAUAAGCAGCCUGCCUCGCACGAAAUUUUGGUGCGGAAUCUUACAUCCUGAAGUACGUUCGAGAGAUCACAAAAAUCUUUUGGACGGUCUUAAGAUAUAUAUAUUCUAUUUUAACUAGAUAUAGCAUUAUAACUGUUGUAUACUAUGGUGGAUUGUGCGUCUGUACGCACAUGCAUGCUAUAAUAUCGGCGGGUACGCGUAUAAGACGUAUCAUAAUACGAGACGAAAUUUACAUAAUAUUUUCGUCAAUUUAUAUAAAUACUGCGGCUUAAUACAGGCAGUUUCAGUGUGUUUAUACUUUGUUUAUGCUUCUUGUGACAUGUAGACUUUAUAUAUUAAUCAGAUCGCUACUUAAUAACACUGUUUAUACCUAUUUAAUAUUUUAAACUACAAGAAUACGACAAUGUAGCAUGGCCUUGUGUAAUACGAUCUCUACAACAUGUACACAACAAGUAAAAUGGAUCAUGUUGCCAUUGUGAAUACUUAUUUAUGGCGCGUGUUUCUGCUACGAAUGAAACUCGAGGAGCAGUGAAUUAAACGUGGAAAUUCUCUUCCUGCUUAACAAUCAAUCAAAUGUUUUAAACUGCAUCACCAUAUUGCAUUUUUCUGACCAUCCAUGUCAAAGGAAAAAAUAUGCGAUUAAAUAACAAUUUUUAAAACGUCAAGUCAUCCUUGUCAAUCUAUUUCUCGAUGAGAGUUGGAUAUUUGUUUGACAUUUGGCGAAAAAGCAAUUUUUUAAGUUACAUUUUUUCGUAAACCGAACACAUAUAAAAAAUAUUAAUUUGCUUGGCAACCCCCCCCCCCCGACCCCCUGUCAAAAGUACCUCCUCCGCCAGUCAAAAGUACCCACCUCCCCCAAUGCUCAGCAACGAAAUUUUUGACUAACGUACGAAAAAUCCUAGAUCCGCCCCUGAGCUAGGGUGAGUUUCUAUAUAUAAUCAUCAAUAUGAACAAGCUUUCGUUGGUAGGGUAAUAAUAUGAACAAGCUUUCGUUGAUGCAACUACCUGAAAAAUAUUAGGAGAAUUUCUACGUUUUGAGCAAUUAGCCUCCUUCGUUCAAAACGUUGAAAUUCUCCUUGUAUUAGUUCAGAUGAAGGGCCUUCCCUUGAAACGUUGAAAUUCUCCUUAUAUUUUUCAUGUAGUUGUAUCCCUACCAAUGAAGGCUUAUUCAUGAGUUCUAUAUGACUAUCCAAAAAUGACAGGGGUCACGGUUGCCAAGAGAUUUCAAGAUUAUUUAGCAACCCUGACCUGUACAGGCCCAGAUCUCUCGGCAACCCUGACCUGUACAGUCCCAGAUCUCAAGAUUUGGAGAGUUAUUGGAAUAAACAAAUUAGUGCCACACUGAGUUAGGAUUAAGUUGAGGUUGUCAGUAUAGAAAUUGAGCUUUCCCAUUUGAUUUAGUUUGUCCUUAAUCAAGACAGAUCUUAAAAAUGAACAAGAAGCAAAGUUACAAGAUUUCUUAAUCAAACGUUUAUCUCGGAGUACUGUGUACAGCAGUUCAGGGAGUCUUGCCACCCUCAGCAAUACAGACAUCUCAGAGAAACCUGUCAUAUGUUACUACAAGUUGAUCAAGGGAGCAAAACUUGACUACAUUUGUGACAGCAGUAACAAGUAGGUGAUAUAUUGUGAAGUUUGAAAAAUUUUGUUAUUGUGUGUGACAGAUUAGUUAGUGAAUAGUUGAAAAUUUUAACAAAAAUUCAAAAUGAUUUUUUGGUACAUUAUGUAGAAUGAACGAAUUUGGUAGUUGUUCGAUGGAUUUUCUUGUUUGUUUUGUUGUUAGUGAAACAAGUAACCUGUAUUUAUAUCCUUUUCAAUGUGAACAUUUCAAUUUAUUGUUGUUUGGGUAUUGAAGCAAAAAUUUAGUUUGGUUAAUACAAAAUUUAAGAAGAUUUUCUUAGACCACUGAGUUUUCUUUAACAUUUGAAACAUUUCAACAAGAACUAGAAAAUUUUUGCAAAGGUUAUGAAACGACACUGUCAAAAUCAAUCCAGGUGAGUCGACUAUGAUACCAAAUGUUUUUGUCUGGAUUCACUUGAAUUUGUCUAGUUUCAUGCAUCCAGUGUGAACACAAGUUUUAAAUGUAUAUUUCCAUUAAAUAUUUAUUGGAAUUUCUACCUUGGAUAAUGUUAUUACCAGACGGAAGUGGAUGCAUCAGAAAUGUUUAAAGAUUUGGCUGACUGGUAUGAAAUUAAUGUAAGCAUGGUACUUGUUCACACGGAAGUAUUCUUGUUAACCAAAUUUCCUUUCUUGAACGAAAUUAUUUUUGAUCAUGAAAAUGAAUUUUCCUCUGAUUUUUCUUAGGUGCUGUAUGUCUGUCGCUGUACAAAAUUAUUCCAGUUAGAGCUGUCGUCGUUAAUUAGCAUGGUUAGUAGACAAUGAUGGUCCCCUCAUUAAGAGAUAUAAACUCGAAUAUGGUGUGUGCCAACGUAGGUAUAGUGACAAUAACACAAGAAAGUUGCAGAUUGAAAGCGAUUCAACUAUAGACCCAUUGCACUUGACGUCACAGCGCCAGUAACGAUGCAUCUGGAGGACAAAUUAGCAAUCUAUACAUAAUAUAACUUUGUAAACAAAGCAAAUUUUGUAAAAGUUUAUAAUAAUUUUGUAUUAAAAUGGUUAAUUUUUUCGCUGUAUGUGCUUGUUGUACCCGAACAGAUAUUGUUAGGUAGCAUCUGGAGGACACUCUAAGGAUUUGUGACGUCAGUGCAAUGGGUCUAUACCUACCUGAAAAAUACAAGCAACACUUCGAUGUUUCGAGCGAAGGCGCUUCGUAUGGCAUAGCUUCUUCUCUCAGUGUUUUCUAUUGUCUAAUAACUUCCGUUAUUUCUCUCAGGGCUUGCUUGAUCAAACACUCUCUGUCCUGGGAUGCGACGAACAACGUAAGGCGGACAUACUCAGGUAUGGAUAAAAGCACGAAAGCUUCUGGCGUCGGUUGAUAGCGUUUCAUCCACCAGGUUAUGAUUCUCUCAAUUAGCUUCCCAAAAUUGUUUGUGGACUGGUAUUCCCAAGAUUUAAACUUCGGUAUUUAUAAAUUACAGUUUCUAGGCUACUAAUGGACAAUUUGCACGUUAGACUAAAUUUUAAUCUAAGUAAGGAGAAGGGAAUCAAAUACCACAGCCAGAGCACCACAACUAAAAAGAAUAUAAUGAAAUUAGUAAAAUGGCAAAAUUUGGUUGCGAGAUGUUUUAAAGCUUGGAAACUAUCUCUAGCGUAAAUCUGACCAUUUUCUUUUCACUGUUUAGAUUCGUUGGCGUCUGUAGCUUAUCAAAUCUUUUGAGCGCUCCUGUCGUAAAGGUUAAUAUGUGUUAAACAUUUCCUAUUCAACGAAGAAGAAACAUAUUUUUUUCUCUUCUUGAGCACCUCUCGUGACACUCGCACCCUAAAUGUUUUUUUCUCUUUGAAGGAAAGCAACCACAAGCUAUUGGAAGAGUUAGUUCAGAAACCUAAGAGCAUUAACAAACUAACAUUUUCGGAUUCAGAUUUUAAAUUUAGUUUCGCAAAUAAAGAAGGUCAGUGAUGUGUUUGACAAAAAACUUCGUUCUAAAUUGUUCCAGCAAGCUCCAUUACUUGAAUACACGGUGUUUGGUGGAGUCAAACUGCAAGCAUUCUUCUCACAUGUGAUUGAGGUGAAAUUAUAAUCAGACAAUUGAAUAUUGCUGGAAUUAAAUCCCAGUCACAGAGAUGAAAGACACUUCCACUAACCACCGAGGCUCCGUUUAUACUAUACAAAAAUUUAUUUAAACAUUAGUCAAAAACAGAAUUAGUGACACGUCGUAAACUCUGUUGACAUUGUGUGUAUAACUAUACUGUAUAUUACUGUGUAUAAGUAAUGUCAAUUGUUAAAUACUGUAAUGUACAACAUACUACGUAUUGUAAUACUUGUUGUGUCGUAUUAUGUACUCCGUUGUAUGUAUUGUAUACUUUGUUAUCUUAUAAUCAAACUCACUUGUAGCAUAGAAGAGCCACUAUGUGGAAAUGCUAUUAAAUCAUUAUUAUUAUACCGGAUACCUUUCCGUAGCGGCGCGAGAAAGCACCUAUCCGAUACAGAAUGUACAACUUUCAGAAGCUGAGCGAAACAACAUCUCUCUGUUGCAAUAAUUCCUCUGAAAAUAGAGUGUUUUUUCAUGUCGCUACGGAAAACUAUCCAAUACAGUGUAACCAACAUCCUCUAUGGUUUCUCUGUCUUUAAGAUAUAUGCGAGGUUUGCAAUGACUGGGCGACAACGAUGGUUGAAGGAGAGCAGGAUAAUCCCUUGUUCUUGAGGCAAGUCAUGGAGAACUAUAAGUUGAAGGUAAGUAUAGAUGGAAGGUGGGAGGCGGGAGGAAGAAUGGAGGGGAGGGGAGGGGGGAAGGAUGAAUGGAAGAAAGAAAGGUGGGAGCUAGUAUAGAUGGAUGGAUGAAGAGCCACAAGCCGUGGUUAUAGGUGGAUUUCACUCAAGCCUUAAGCCCUGGGCAAACUAGGAAACAUUGUUGUGGAAACAUUUGUGUUUCUCGAUGUUUCCCUGUUUGCGCACCCAUGGAAACAUUAUUGCGGAAAGAAAAUUUGCUUCCCUUCAACUUUACACAUAUUGCCGCUUUAUGCCUUGUGGAAGCAAGUAAAUUUCGUUAAAUUGCAUAUAUUUGACACCAAACACAAGAUCAAUACUUAUAAUGAAUAUUUAACUCGAUCCGAUAAAUGUGUUUCCAUUUGGAGUUGACCACCAAGCACUAAACGUGUCAUGUGAUUGAAACCGUGGCUAUAAAGGAAGGACUGAGGAUGAAUGGAUGAAAGAAGAAUGGAAGGAAAGCCAGUAACGACAUGAUAUUUUCUCCAAGGUUAUUCAAGAUAUGAAUUCAUUGAAGAGAUUGCUGAGGGAAGCUGAGACAGAUCACUAUGCUUUGUUUAGGUGAGAUGACUGACGUGUUUUGGUUUGAAUUUGAAAGUUAGUGAUUUUUUCAACCUUCGUAAAAAUGCCUAAAAAGCUGUGAAACUACAGAUAUGAACCUAUUUAUUAUUGAUUUAUUUAAAAAUUCGCCCUAUUUACAUAAUUAAGAUAGAAUAUACAGUAUAACGUCAGUUAAAUACUAGAGCUAGGAGCCUUUAAGAAACUUUAAGAAGCUUUUAGUACAAGGCCCCUAUUACAGUAAAUAAUUCAAACGAUAGCUAUAUGUCAGUUAAUAUAUAUAGUGCAUAAAAUUUUAAAGAAAGUUGUGAUAUAGUUUUACAAUAAUAUAACCUCACAAUAGAUAUAAAAUUUCUUUAAUUUAUAAUAACGAAACUGUGAUCUUGGCUAUACCCUCUGAUCUAAUAUUAGAUAUCGGUCCAGUAUAAAUCGUGUGAUUCAUCUACUGAGUGGAUAAAGGGGAGAUCUCUCUGUCCUAUAAAUCGGGUCAUUAUGUUUUGCAGGUCCUACGUCUUUCUAUCAAAAUGUCCGAGCAGUCGUAUUGUGAUGGAACACAUCAGACAGGAAGCUAAAAUGAGUAUGACGAAAGACAUUUGUGAUGUCAUCGAGGUGCUUGAUGACUUCAUUGUUGAAAAAGGAGGCUUUUCAAAAAUACGCGCACAAACAGAAAAAUAGUUUUAUAGAAUAGCCAUAAACGGAAUUCUUUGGUGUUCAUUUGGGCUUAACUUGGUUUUCAAAGGGAGGCUUUUCAAAAAUUUGGUUACAAAAAGAAAAAUAGUUUUAUAGAAU